AUGAAUACAACAAAUGUUCUAGGCCAUCAUGCAGAUCUCACUACGAAGAGACCUGCUUUAUCUGCUCAUGCCGCUGCUGCCUCUACUACCGCUGCUACAAAUAGUAUAUCCAAUAGUAAUAGUAAGCAAAUCAAUACUACAAACCUAACCAUACCCAGCAGCAGUAACGAUGAUAGGAUUUCAACCCCUUACGAUGAUGAUGAUGCUGCUGGAGGGAUUUCUCCAACUUCGAAGGCACCUCCUUCUCCUUCAUUGUCACCUUCCUAUACUUUCAAUAAGGGAAAUAAUACUCCAUCAAGAACUUUUCCUCCUAUGGAAAACUUUCAUAUACUCAAUUCUAAAAAUAUCGCCAUUGCAACCGCAUUCAAUGGUAGCAACAUUAAUAACAUUGCAUCACCUAUUCCAGAUUUCAAUAAAUCAAAUUCAAGAUCUAAUAUCAAUUAUAACAUUACUUCCAACUCAAACUCAAGUUCAAACUCUCCAACUCCAUCACAAUUACCAUUCAAUUCUUUGAGCUUCUUACAUAAACCAAAAAGAGUAAGUCAAAUGAAAAUGAACAAUUUACCUAAAGAACAACUAGAAAGAAAUACAAACAUGAAUAAGGACCUUCAAUCAAACACUAACUAUUCCAGCAACACAACCACAUUCCCAGGCUAUCAACAACUACCUAGUCCGCCACUAACAGACAACACCUUCUCUCCCUCAUAUUAUAAAAAUAGUUAUUAUUUCAACGAUACAGAACCCACAACCACAACAUCAAAGGAAGAAGAAGAAGAAUACGAUGGUAUAUCCCCACUAACCAAAUCCAAGAUACCACCAACAACAAACGGCAUCUCUGAACAAUCUACACUGGAUUACUACAAACCAGUAUACAAAAAAUCAGGAGAAUUAUUAAAGCCAUCUCUGAAAAGAAGAUCCCAAUCCUUACCAAUAACACCAAAUCAUUCAAUCCUUAACAUGAAGGGUAAACACCCCUCGAAUAACAAAGGGAUGAUGAUUAAUGGAAGAAUCCAAUUGUCAAGGAGUAAGAGUGUACAUUUCGAUAAUAAGUUGCCUACUAAAUACUUCUCCAAAGAUGAAUCUCCAAUUAUCGUUAGUGCAUCACAUGAAGAGACUAAUAUUUUGAAUUUUAAACCAAAACCUUUACAACGUUCUGUUUGUUACGAAGAUGGAGAAGACGUCGAAGACGAGGAAGGCGAGGAAGAUGUUUCUAGUAGGAAGAAGAAAUCUUUGAAGAAAUUGUUGAAUUUAAGUGAUGAUGAUGAGGACGAUGACCAUGAUGAUGACAAUGAUGAACGAACUGAUGGAAUUUUCAAUUUGAGACUUGAAAAAUUGAUCCUCAAUGAUAGACAUAGUUCUAUCUCUAAGUCUACACCAAUUCGUACAAAGAAAAAAUAUACUGCUGAUAACGACAGUGAUGAAGAUGAUGGGAAGAUAAGGGAUUACGAAAAUGGUCUCGGUGGGUUUGUUACUUUUAAUCCACCGGUAACCAAUGGGAAAACAAUAGUCGGAUUGUAUAACAGAAAUUUCCCAAUUUUAAGUAAUAAGAAUCCAAAGAGUUUGAAAUUGAACAUCUUUGUUAAUUAUUCACGUGGUAAGAAAGUUUUCCUACAGGAUUUGAAUUUACAUAUUCAGCAUGAUUAUGUAAAUAAUGGGCAUUCAUUACCAAGUCAAACGGCAACUUUGAAAAAUAAAUAUAUUAUGGGUAGAGUUCUUGUGGAAAAUAUUUAUUUUGAUAAGAAUGUCGUAGUGCGGUAUACAUGGGAUCACUGGAAUUCAUUCCAAGAAAUUCAAGCAAUUUUUGUUAGUAAUGCAAAGCAAAUCUUACCGGGUUCCAACAUGGAUGUUUUCAAAUUCUUAAUUGAUGAUGUUAAUAAAUUCGAUAAUAAAUGUCAUUUGGAAUUUUGUAUUCAAUAUGUAACGAGAAAUGAUACAGAAAGAAAAGAAUUUUGGGAUAAUAAUGAUAAUAAAAAUUAUACCGUCGAUGUGGUCUUGGAUGGAUUUAAAAACCCUUUCGCAAAUACUAUUAUUUGA